AUGCAGCAGCAGGAGCUCCUCAAGCAGCGCAGGCGCACCUGGCUCAAUGGCCUCGCCCAGCUGAUGGCCCAACGCAACAUGCCCCUUCCGCCACAGCUCACCGGCGUUCCCUUUCCGCCCAACUUUGACCCCGCAAACAUGCCAUGGAAAUCCCUUGAGGUCUCCUCAACCGACCUGGGCGUCAUCCGCUUAGCUGGGAAAGAUGUGGAUCUAUUCAGGCUGUGGGGGUUGGUUACCCAACAUGGCGGUGGCCAAGGAGUCACACAAAAGGGUCUUUGGCAAGCCGUCCGUCAAGCUCUCGGACUACCCGAGACCAUGGCUUCUCCCAGCAACCCCGCAGAGCACCAGUCGGUCGUUGUCGUCCUCGAGCGAUACUACACUGCGAUCCUCGGCCCAUUCGAGGAGGCAUACCGCAAGAACAUUGUCGAGCAGCAAAGGCGCGCCCAACAGCAGAGCAACAUGAACUCCCAAGCGCGCCCAGGAAUGAUUGGCAUGCCCGGGCAGAGCAUGGUUCCCGGCGGCAACCCCGCCGCUGCGGGCAUGAUGUCUCAGCCCAACGCUGCGAUGGACGGCACCCUACCUGGUCAGUUCCAGGUCCCGCAGCUGCCCUUCCAACCACCUAAUAUGACGGGCGCAGGCGUGGGCAUGUCCCCGAGCGGCGCUAACCACCCAGCCUUGAACGGAGGCGUGCCUUUGGCCAAGAUGCCGUCGGGAGGAUUCCCGGCAAUACCUGGGGGCGCCCCAAACGGACCUGCUGACCUUGAUCAUGACUUAGAUAGCCGGAAGAGGAAGAUGCAGGAAAACGUGGAAUCGGACGCGAAGCGUGUGAGGCAAAAGACCGGAGGCUCGGACGUAUCGGAUGCUCGCGGUGUGAGUUGCAUCUCUAUUCAGUCGGUCGCUCCCGGCCAGCCUACCGAGACGGUGAUAACACGUACCAUUCUCCAGCCCUCGCGCCGCAAAAUUGAGUAUAUGCCACUCCACCCCGAGCUCGACACCACAGGCGGACGUAAUCUGGACUUCAUCCAGAGCGAGUGGAAUCGCCUGUCCUCUCGCCCUCUCCGGCACAGUGAUGAGUGGGGACACGUCGAUAUCGACGCACUCACGCUAUCUUUGCGUUCGCGUAUAUCUACUGAACUCUCAUAUUCGCUGACGACGUUCGCUCUUAUCACUCUCGCACGCGGUCACCACUCUCAGCAGCAUGGGCAACGCGAGCGAGAAGGCGGGUUCCCGAUUGUGCAGGCUCCAGACCUGCUGGACGAGGCGAUAGACCUGAUGGAAGAUCUUGCGUUCGACGGUGUAGAGGACGACGGUGAUUUUGAUUCGGACGAGCUCUUGAUCACGCACAAGGAGUUGGUCAACUCGCUCUUGGACGACGGCGCGAAGCCUUUUGCUGCUCUCCACCCUGUCUCUGGAGCGAAGGAAUUUCACCAUGGACCACGUCAACGACCAGCGGACAUCAUCCUUACGGUCGUCAACAUCAUCCGUAAUAUCUCACAGGGCGACGAGCUCAGUGCACAGUACCUCGCGAAACACGAGAAGCUCUUGCAUGUCAUGCUCCGACUAUGCACUCUCGCGCCUCAGAGCAAAUCCUCCACUCCCACUCCACUCUCGCCUGUACUAUCAUUGGCCGAUGUGCUCAGCAUACGUAAAGACGUCGUCCAUAUGCUUGUCAACUUUGGCGUAUACAUCAACUUGCUUGCCACACCCGUGCCGUCAAAGCAGAUGCAGCGUACGAUACGGCGCGCAUACGAGGUCGUCGCGUCAUUCAUCGUCGACCCGUCCGAGACCGUCUCGCCCUUCCAGUACAUCCUGCAGACCGGCAUCUCCCUCUCGCAGCCCCAACCGAAACCCCCGUCCCCGCCCUCGCUCGCGAACCAGGCCCUCGAGGCGUUCGCGCGUUUCGCGCUGCCGGACGACAACCGCCGCGCCAUCUCCAUGUGCGUCCCGUCCGCGUGGCUGUGGACGAUGUUGGAGGCCCUCGUGCACCGCCUGCCCGUCACGGACCACGACUUCCACGCGAUCAUGCGCGAGCCGUGGAUCGGGUACGUCGAGCGCGUCAUCCACUGCUUGUACUCGCUCGCCUUCCUCGCGCCGCCCGAGCUCAAGGAGCGCGCGAAGCGCAGCAGCACGCUCGGCUUCGCCAAGGUCGUCCUCCGCCUCCUCAAGAAGCUCGUCCUCCAGACGCCCGUGGAGACGCGCCCCACGUUCGCCGGCAUCGUGCGCCGCGCGAUCGAGCUCCUCAAGCUCGUGGACGACGCCGAGGACCAGUUCGACCCGGGAAACUCGACGAUGCCGCUGCUGUCGUUCGGCGUGGGCUAUGGCGAGCACGGGGACAACCAGGUGCAGCGCGGGGUGGGCAUGCUGUGCGCGUACCAGGAGGACGUCACGCUCGGGCUGAUGAUGCACUCGGAGGUCGCGGACGUCGGGCUGUUCCCGGAGCUGGAGAGCCUCGCGCGGGUCGGUCGGUGA